GGCAGCGCCCGGCCCCGGCCCUCCCCCGCCCGCCGUCCUCGAUGUCUCCCCGGCGGGGAGGGGGCUGCCUGGGAGACGCGCCGAGCCGCCCCCCCCGGACGCCCGUCGGCGGCCGCAGCAGCAGCGCCCGGCAGCCUUCCCCGGCGGCGGCGGCCUGGAGGAGCCGCGCAGCCGCCGCCGCCCCCGGAGCCUCGCAGCCGCCGCCGCCCCCCGGCGCCCGAGGAGAGGGCGGCGGGCGCCCCCCGGGGAGGAUGAAGGCGGAGGGGGGCGACCACUCCAUGAUCAACCUGUCGGUGCAGCAGGUCCUGAGCCUCUGGGCGCACGGGACGGUGCUCAGGAACCUCACGGAGAUGUGGUACUGGAUCUUUCUGUGGGCUCUCUUCUCCUCUCUGUUUGUCCAUGGUGCUGCGGGCGUGUUGAUGUUUGUCAUGCUGCAGAGGCAUAGGCAGGGGAGAGUAAUCUCGCUCAUUGCAGUCAGCAUCGGAUUUCUGGCUUCCGUAACUGGAGCAAUGAUUACUAGUGCAGCCGUCGCGGGCAUCUACAGAGUGGCCGGCAAGAACAUGGCCCCGCUGGAGGCGCUGGUGUGGGGCGUGGGGCAGACUGUAUUGACGUUGAUCAUCAGCUUUUCAAGGAUCCUCGCCACGCUCUGAGCCCCCGAGGGAAGGGCUUGCUUCGCCGGAGGAGGCCGAUGUACAGAUGCUCGGAAGGCGGCGUGGUCGGGUCGCGGGGCGGCGGGAGGCGAGGCCUCGCGCUGCGUGCGGAGACCGCCCCCUGCUGUCCGCUGCUGCACCACCGCCUGCACCUUACGUGCCUCGCCCCGGGCCGGCGCCGCCUGGGGACCCGGGGACGCGGGACCCGGGGGCCGGACCGGGUCGGAGCUGCGAGCUGCCCGCCCGCGGACGCGCUGCUGCGCACUGUCCUCCCGAGCAGCGCCGCGCUGGGUUACGGGACGCGCGGAGGAGGAGUUGAUACACGUGCCAAACUCUCUCUCUCUCUUUCGCCUUUUUGUUUUGUUUUGUUUUGCUUGUUUUUGUUUUUUGAAAAACAUUGAUCAUGUGGCAAUUUGCAAGUGUAGAUGUAGAUGAGUGCUGUGAACCAUAUUCCACACGAAUUCAGGUAACAGUGAGGUUUGGUUUUGUUUUGUGACACUAAAUCCCGUAUGAGUGCUGAAUACUGAAUCAUUUAAUAUGCGGUAAAUGCGCUUGGUUUUCAAUGUCGAACGUUUCUGGGAUUUAGGGCUUUAAUAUAUGUAAGCAUUUAUUGUUAUUUACUUUAAUUUAUGUGGAAAAAUAAUACUUAAUGGCAAACUAGCUAAACUCUUUUAAGGACUCAAAGUAGACCUGUAGGAUGCAUCCCUUCCGCUCACCUAAAUAACAUUUCUACUAGUUUCCCUCCUACCUAACUACUCUAUUGAUAUGAAUUCAAAAUCUCCUGUGGGUCACACACAUUGACUGUAGUUCGUGUGUCAUAAAAAUAUAAUUUGAGAAUUUUCUUAUAAACUUUGUAAGAAAAAAAAGUCUGAAAUGCAUGUUGCAUUCUUUGACCCUUCUAAAGAAAGUUCUUGCCAUGUUUCUCAUGGAGAAAACAUCUUUAUAACUAAUAUCUCGGUGGGAUCAUAUUAACUUGUUGCAUAUAUCUUGAUUUUUGACAAAACAUAAGCAGUCUUUCAUUCUGGAGUAUUACCUGUGUUUAAAGAGUGGCCUAAAUUAGGCUGUGAAAACAAAAAGCCUCAUUUGUAGAUAAGUAACAAGUACAUUAUAUAAGAAGAGUAAUAAACUAUCUUACGUUGGGCAUGUGGUAACAUAAUUUUGCUAAGUAAAAAUUGGGGAAUAUAGCAAAUAAUUUAAAAAUUUGGCAAUUUCAGCGGAUUAGUACAGUGCUGAUCAUAUAUUAGAGUGGUCUGUUGUUCAGUUCUCAAUUUGCACUGCUAAUUAAGUCUACUCGAAUUAGUGAUGACAUUUAUUAGAAUGAAAAAGUCCUUUGUACAAAACACUUGAAGAGGUUUUGACAAGAUGUAGUUCUCAAGAGUGCAAGGAGUAAGGGAAAACAGAACCUGGUUGAAUUUGUCUCCUACUGAGAUUGUUUUAAAUGCCAGGUACUCUUAGAAUAAAUGUGCUAACUCAAAAAGCCACUGCAGAAGAUAUGAAGUCAAGGGCAAUCCAAAAAAUAAUCUGCAUACUCUCUAGCCUCACUGUUUUAUAACCUGAUUUGGUUUAAAAAAAGAAAAAAGGUACAUUUCUAUUAGGUCGCAUUCAAAUUUAAGACCUUCAUUACUCACACCAUUUUUUUCUCCACCAAAAAUCAGAAUAUAUAUAAAUGAUUUAACAAUAGGGAGUUGGGGAAGAGGAUACUUUUACCAGCAUGGAAGCCAAUUUUGGGGGUGGCUUGGAAAUCUGUUUUUUUUAAAAAAAAAAAAACAAACAAUAAGCAGCUAUGCAUCCCUAGAGAUCUUUGAAGUAAAUCUUAAAAUUGACUAUUAUGUACAAGCCUAAAAUUAUUUUCAUGUGUUCUUUAUAUUCCCGAUGUUUUCCCAAAUUAAAUUUAGGCAUAAAUUUUCCAAGUCCAUUUGAUUUCUCCUUUUCUUUUAGACUUGAAUUGUGUUCUUCCUUUAUUUUGGCUGUUCUGUCGGUAAUUUCAAGUGUUCAUAUUCUUUGAGAGGAGUUACCAUUAAUGUGUUCACAUUGUUUCAGAUCUGCAGUAUGGAUAUUUAUUUUAAUGUAUGGUUGUUUCAUGAUUUAAGAAAGUUAUCAUGGUAAGGGAAUAUGAGCACAUGGUUUAGAAUCCAAAAUUAGCUGGAAAAUUACCUGGACACAUUAAAUCCAUCAAUGUGUGGACCAAAGAGAUUCUAACUCCUGUUUUUGCUCUAGAACGGAGAUAUAAUUGGAUGGUUAAUAGUCUACGGAGUGUCCUGCAGCUAUCUCCCCAUCAGGUUGCAUUAUGUUAUGAGUUUGUGUGUGUGUGUGUGUGUGUGUGUGUGUACUUUUAACUGUUGGGGGAAUUUUUGGUUUCUUUGCGUUUAGCUCUUUUCAUUGAGAUUUUGUGCAACUGUCACUCUCUUGAUGUUUUAAAAUGCAGUUGAAUAGUGUGAAUCAAUGAAAUUGUCUUAAAUAGCUAUUUCUAUGCCGGGAUUUUUUUUUUUUUUUUAAUCAGUGGUUUUCCUACAGAGUCAACAAAUGCUUAAUGAUAUAUAUCUACACACACAGAUAUAUCAUAAUAUAUCUAUAUGUAAAGCUGCUAUAUAUGAAUAUAAUCUAAUUGGAAAGCUUUUGUUCAGUGAACACUUUCAUGUUCUAGUAGAGAAUUUUAUAUAUAUUUGUUCAGUUGAAUGAUCUUUUAAAUAAGGAUGUUUGAGAUUUUUGAAUUUGGGGAAAUUUUUCUUGGUUUAUUAAUGCUGGAGACCCUUGUUUGUGAUAUGACAAAAGCCCUUGUUGACGUGUUUAGGUUACAACUUCUUAAAAUUUGUAUGUGAUUUAGCAGUAAACUUUCUUUGUGAUAAAUGCAGGAAAGAAGGGGGAAAUCCUCUGGAGUUUAUUCACUCCUUUAUGUAAAGAAAAUGUUUACUAAAAUAUGGCUAAUGGUGAAAUCAGUUCCCCAAAGAAGAGAUCUAUGCCAAAAUGCCCAAACUAAUUAUCAUUUAGCAUACUGGUUAGAACUGUCCAGAGAUCAGAAUCAAUCAGGGAGGCCCAUCAAAGCUACAAAUGAUGCAUAAAACUUUUAGAUGAAGGAGGUACAAGUGAUCUGCCCCAUGGAUGACUCCACUGGUUGCCUAAAAUAAGGGCAUUUUUAAAUGGUGGCUCCAUUCAGUGCCCACAGCUUAAUCAUUCUUACUUUAGAUGUUAAUGUGUACUGAACAGUCUUAUAGUUUGUUACCCGAUGUACUUUCUUAGUGUUUGCAAUGUACAUUUCCACUGCCUAAAAAAGCAUAAGGGUGUUGUCUGUACCUUAAGUGAGAAAUAAGGAAGUGAGCUGCACUAUAUAUCAUGCAUUUGUGAUAUAAGGAACAGGGUUAAGUUAAAAAUCAAAGAGUGUUGUUGAAAAGAACUUCAGAGAAGGUCUAAUUAAGACACAGGUGGCGUUGCCAUGUUACUCUGCCCACAGUGGCACAGGCCAACUAAUUCAAUUCUGUAAACAUUAUUUGAUGGAUCUACUGUUUUCAGGGUGCUGUACUGAGUAUUUUCUUUAGUAAGUUGUACAAGGAUGGCCGAGAUGGAUCCCUGCCCUUGAGUCCACCAAGAGCUAGGAAGGUGAUUAUAAAUCAUAAAAAGGUUGGGACACUUCAUUUCCUGGUUCUCUUUGAGAGUUUAAGUCCUUUCCCCCCUGCCCCCAAAUUUGGUUUUCCCAGUUUAUCCACCAAGUGGACUUCGUGUAAUUGGGAUAUCAGUAUGGUGACAUGGUGGACAGAAUGCUAGACUCUGCUAAGCCAGCAACAUCAACUCCAAUCCAGGGCCUGUCACUUGGUGACGUUUGGUGUAUGAAUGCAAAGCAGUAUGUAUUUGGCAGUAAAUGAUCAAUAGAAAGUCAUUGGAAUUUUUUAAAUUAACUUUUAACAUCAGUUGAAUAUGUCGUUUUGUAAAAUUCAUCCACUUUCUUCCAUUUCCACAUUUUCCCUGCACGUAUUUUAAGAAGGAGACUAAACACUGUCUUUUACAAUCUUGCUUCCUUCACCUCCUCUCCACCUCUUUAUUACGAAAAUCACCAGAUUCUCCAAGACCACCUCUGGGAGUGGGUGACGGUGGAAGUGGUGAGGGCAAGCCGACUGUUCACUGCUAGUUAAGCUAGAAAAAGAGUGAGGGUAGCCAGCACUGACUCCUCUGCCUUAUCCUGCUCACUUCCUUGGAUCGUUCAGCCGACAUGCAUUGAAUCUCCACGACAUUUAACCUAACUAUCCUUGUUUUAGGGAUGGGAAAGCGUGUUCUCUGUGUCCACUUCUCUUCCGCCACCCUGGGCUUCAGGCUUCAGGUGUCGCAUCAGUUCUGUAGGAAAUGGAGCUGGGCUUCAGUGCCUACCACGUCCUUCCCUCAUGGACCAAAGGUGCAUACACCAUACUUGUUUCUAACUUCAAGGAAACGCUGUUAUUUUUACUUUAUGUCCAUGUUAUAAUUCACGAAGUCACGAGAUGCUAAGAAUAUUUUCUGAAAUAUUCUGAAACUACUUCACUCUUGCUAUUAAUUUUUUUCCCCUCUCGGAAAGUCUUAAUCAGAAUCUCUUCAGAGUCCUUACUUGUUUGUAAAAUGUGAAGAACAUGGAACGUCACGAAGAAAUUCUGGUAGACAUAAAUUGCAGAGAAGUUGGCACCACUUGCUGGGUAGCUGUGUAAAUUGCUGUUUCUUUUAAUAAUCAGGGGUGAGACUCUCAGUGCUGAGGGCUAGUGAUCCAAUUAGUUGGCUCAUAAUUUCUCUUAACUCCUAGUCCUUUUUUAUAGCAUCUUGGAGGGAGAACUCUUCAGGUACAAAAGGACAUUUUUUGAUUAAAGAUGAUAAGGUUUUCUAACACACGGUAGCAUUUUGUGGCAGCGGGAAGUUUGAAGGAGGGUAGUAAGAAGGAGGGUAAGGCGGGCAAGCCUAGGAGAACGUGAGGAAGCGCCCUAGGUGAUGGGAAUACAGCCUCCUCCUUUCAUUAGGUUUGUAAAACUACACUGUGUGAGUAUUUCUGCUGCAUGUCGACUACAUGCCGUUUCUUUGUGAGACUUAACACAGUAUUUGCAAUCCAAUGGUGUGUGUGUGUGUGUGUGUGUGUGUGUGUAGUGUGAUAGGUUUGCUCUUCUCACGGAGGGAUCUCUGUUCAGUGUAGGCAGUACAGCAUUUUUGAGGAAGCUACUAAAGUAGUUAUCUAAAAAACAUAUGUGAAUUUGUUUUGGGAAGGUAGUGCUUAAUAUGUAAUGUAUUUUCAGUAGAUGUGGAGAUGUACCAGUUAAUACUUUAUUAAAUUGAUGGAAACACCCAAGUUUCUGAGUGAACAGAGCUAUGAACUGCAACUGUCUCCUCCUCCGUUGAGUAUAGAGGACUCAUCUUUAAACUCAUUGCACAUAUGUUGAACUUACAUAAUAACCCUUUGUCGAUUUUGAGCACUAAUUUUUCAGCUUCUUAAAAAUCUCCCUCUUCCUUCCAUUCUGUUGUCAUAUGGUAUAAUUUAAACAUAUGUACAGUUUUUUGAUAGACUCCGAAGUGCUGGUUUAGAAGAAAAUGUUCUUAACACCUUAUGGUUAUGCAGCUAUAAUCUUACUGAAAAAUAAAUGCUAUAGGAAAGUCAAGAGAGCAUGAACCUCUUACAUGCUUUUUUUGGAUUAUGUCCUGCACCCAUAUCCAUGCCCCUUCACUGGUACCAGGCCUGUCCCUUCUUGGGGAAUGUAUUUAGGUAUGUAACUGAAACUGGAAAGUGGUAUCAACACAAAUAUAUAGAAAGAGAAACUAUAAUUCAUAAUUACCAUAACUGUAACCCUUUUUCUCCUAACCACAUAUUGAUAAUUUCCAAGGAUCAUCUCUUGUUUUAGAUCCCUGUAAUAAAUGAAUGUUAACUUGACAGUACUACUGAUAAUGAGAAAUUUCUCUUGUUUGCACAUCAUCACUAAGUAUCUUGGUGGAAGGACCGUUUUAAAGUUUUCUCCAUAGAGAACAAAGUAGAAGCACUUGUUUGAAAAGUAAUUAAAAAUUAUUUCCUUUCAGUACUGGGUGAGUUAAUAGUCUGAUUGUCGACACUUUCUUGGUAUUUGUGGUAUCAGAUGCAAUACACACACACACACACACACACACAUACACACAGACAUACAGACAUGAGCUGUACACAUUUAGAUGAAUAAAUAAAAUUCCACAGUAUUUUGCAUCUUAGUCUUAUAAAUUGGUGAAAUUCAUAUGAUUGUACCAGGAAGUAUUAAUCCUUGACUUUAGUCAUCUUAGGAUGAGAGCAUCAACUUCAAGUUAAUCAACAAAAGUGUCUUGAUUUAAAUAGCAAAAAUAUAGUUUACCCAAUAGGUAUUAAAAAUUCACUUUCAAAUUGUGUUAACUCUCAGAUCACUGAUGAAUCAUUUAGUGAAACAGUAGUUUUUAAAAGCUAAAUGGUGCCUUAGUGCCUUGGAAGUUAAGAUACUUUUGCAAAGUGAAUUUGGCAGGAUUCAGGAUUGACACACUUGUCACUGGGAUUUAGAGUUUAGGGACGAUGUAAUUAACUCCUUAUGGUGAAUAAAAAUCAGCCAUUUUGCCAUUGACUCUGACAGAUGACAACGACUUUCAUCACCUUUUCAUGAUGUAGUAUUUGUCUAUAUACUUUUUCUUUUUACAAAUAAGUUUGAAAUGGAGAAAAAUGUAGUCAAGACAAUUAAGUGUGGGAUUUUAAAAUUUAGUUUUGUUGUAAACUAGAAAUUCUAGUGUGAACAGUGUUAGGUUUAUACCGUAGUACAAGGGCAGACAGUUGUAACCUUUAGGAAUAUGUUUACCAUCAGGGAUUUAUUUUUACUAUAGAAAUACUUAAUGUACUGUGAAGUUUAAAGACAGGAAGAAUAAAUGUUGGACGGGGUAACGCACAAAAACAUAGGCAUACGUGAUGAAGUACCCUACAUUAUGUGAACACAAUUCCUCCCCUUCUGUUAAGACUAUAAACUACACUGUAUGAGUAUGUGUACUGCAUGUUUACAUAAUACAGUUUAAUUUUGAAGGAUUAUUUUAAAAACUAUGUUUAUGUAUAAUACCUAACAAGCUGUAAAUAUUGUAUACUAUUGAUUUUUAAUUUUAUAUAAGCGAUUUUUUUAUUUCCCAAUUCAUGUACAAAUCUCACUGUGUAUAUAGCAUAAUUUCCUGGAGAACACAAAUUUUGCAGUGAACUUUAAUUAUUUUAAUUGUGGUAAGCAUCAGGUUAGCCUUAGGGAUGUUGGUCUUUAAGUUAUUUUUCACCACUCAUUUUCUUCAAAGGGCAGCAAUAAACAUAUGCAAGUUAUUUUUGACUAUAGAAAGUUGGUCUGCAAACACAAGAUCUAGGUUGCAAUUCAUUGCUUUAAAGAAAAGAUGCACAAUUAGUAUCAUCCAUUGUCUCACCACAGGACCGUUUCUGAGGUCCGUGUGUCUCUCUCCUCUUUGUAAUAUACAGGGUGAACUCUCUCCUGACACACACAAGACAACUGUUAACAGUGAAUCCAGCACUUAAAUGUCAUUACACAGAAUUUAUUGGAUUAAAAAUUUGUAAUAUACAGUAUUUUAAUAAAAUUUCUGUAUUCAAUUUCAUGCACUUAUAUAUAAAUAAACCUGUCUUUAAAAGCUUUA